ACCCGCCCUUUCCUUUCCUUUCUUCUCUCUCUUUCUUAAGCUUUAAAUUUAAUAAUAAAAUAUCAUCAAUAUGGAAAAAUUUAGAGAAAAACUUUCUAGCCUUCGCACCGAGGCUGACAAUGCCACUGCCAGAGGUGAUGAACUCGAAAACAGAGUCAAGUCUCUCGAGAACGAAGGCAUUUCCAAGGAUCACGAGAUCAAGUCUUUGGAAAUUCGCGUCAAAAACCUUGAAAAUGAACUCGAGGUUGCCACCGCGAAUCUCGCAAAAGUAACCACCAGCUAUAAUGAUUCCAAGGCCUAUGAAGAGAAUGCCGAACGCAAGGUCACUGCUCUGGAACUCGAGAGCCAGGAUAAGGAAGAAAAGUAUGAGAGCUUGUUAGAAAAGUACAACGCCUCCAAGGCAGAGUUGGACGAACUUGCUCGUCAGUUUGAUGAGUUGUGAUAGUCUUUAUAUCAUUUUUACUAGUAUCAACCAUCACUAUACCUACCAUGUAUAAGUAUAUGUGACAACAAUAACAAUAAAUAUCACCAAAAACAUAUAACAUAUUUCCCAACU